UUAUCAAGUAAUGGAACAAAAUGGUGUUUAGUACCUGAUGUUUGUUGGAAGUGUCAGUUAGUUUCACGUUUAACAUCAUCAGCUGAGAAUCAUACAUCUUGGCUUGAUCAUCAUGAAAAUUAUUACAUCUGCGUUGGAGAGCUGCUUUAA